AAUUUUUUUUUUCAAGACACGUUGGCUUAUCGGCCUUCGGGGAGUGAGCUUCGAUGUCAUCACGGCAUUGAGUGACAACGACGGCUGCUAUAUAUCAGAAGUAGUGAAUCUGCAAUGGAAAAAAGAACUUGAAGCCUCAGAAAUAAGACAAGAUCUUCAGUUUCUUCUUCAUUCUUCACGUGUUACAGGAACAAGGAUCUUUCACAGAGUUCAAGAUGGACUACACUGACCUGUAUGACUACCACGAUAUAAAUCUCACCCACCUGCUCGCUCUCUAUAACGCAUCAAGUAUAGAUGAUGUUUUGAAUAAAUAUCAUUAUUACGGAAACGAGUCAGAUUACCAAGAAUACUACGCUCCCAACUGUGACAAUUCAGAACACCCGCAUCUAAUGUUCGUCAAGAAUCUACCAAGCUAUCACCGAUUCUUCAACGUCUUUCAGCCAACAGCCUGUGCGAUCGGCAUCAUUGGGAUCGUACUAACUGUUGUUGUCCUUGGAAGGAAGAACAUGACCACGUCUACCAACUCCUACCUUACUGCGUUAGCCAUCGCUGAUCUCGGCUUUCUCGUCAGUCUGGUUUCAAUGUUCAUGGCGUCAGAGCAUAUGGACGUGGAAUUUUACUAUAAAUACUAUGUGUAUUCGUCUACUAUUGCUCCAAUAUUCGUUGAGACUUUUCUGAUGGCUUCUGUCUGGUUAACGGUUGUCCUUGCUGUAGAACGCUACAUUGCAAUUUGUCAUCCUCUGAAGGCCAUUGCUAUUUGCACAGUAAAUAGGGCAAGACUGAUCAUAGCUGGCAUUUUUAUAUUUUCAUUUAUUUUCAGAAUUCCUCGAUUUUUUGAGUUCAGAACCGAAAGCACUGUGCGUUGUAAUAUUACCGUAGUUCAUUCCGUGCCAACAGCAAUGGGACUUAGUCACUAUAGAAUCGUAUACCCUAUCAUAGUGGAUUGUAUAUUUGGCUGUAUAUUUCCAUUGAUUGCGCUCCUUAUUUUCAACAUCAAGUUGAUUCUAGAAAUCAAAAAAUCAACAAACUAUCCUCGAUUUCAUGACGUCAAUAUGCAAAACAUGAUUUCAAGGGAACAACUCAAAAUAACAAUGAUGCUGAUUGGAAUAAUAAUGGUAUUUUUUGUAUGUCAGGCCCCUAUUCUAUUGUGCUACGCCAUAAGACAUAUAACAGCUUAUACAUUGAAAACCCAUGAGGACAUCCGAGUUUUUAACUUGGUAACUUUUAUCGCGCUGAGUUUAUUAACAUUUAAGUCCUCGGUCAAUUUCAUCGUUUACUGCUGGUUCAGUGAAAAGUUCUGGAACACUUUCAAACGUGUAUUUUGUGGAAAGCUCUGUCUAGCUCGACAAAAGUGUCCGAGGAAGCAAAAUACUCACACAGUCCAUUCUGCCGACCAAAACGGAAGUACCAGCAUAAAAUGCAAUGUAAAUGUCUUCAUCCAUGUUGAUCAAAUAGUCGUCCAUAACACGACAGCAGCCAAAGGCCAGUGUAAGGGAGACAACUGCGGGUUUCAUAUCAAACUCUGUAUUAGGGGCAAUAGUGCCAUAUGCGAUGAGUCCACGGUGGCCUGGGUCAACAUGUCCGGCCUCCAGUCCAGAGUGAUCGGGGAGGAUAUCGGCGACAAAAUGAACCCCCUACAAAUGGACGUCAAUCACACGAUGGGACCCUCCUCUGUUCUGAAGGUGUCUGUUUAUAACAAUGAUUCCUCUGCCCUCCUUAUGGAACAAACGAUGAAUGGAGCCAACCAAUGGACGAACGGAAGUCAGUAUAUACUCGGUUACGAUCAGUACAUGACCUUUGAUUUACACAACAGUAUCUUAAGUGUAACCCUAACCUCCUGGUUCUUUUGCUCUGAUGGCUACCACGGGCCAAAGUGUUCGGUUUACUGCCGUGGAGAUCCGCAUAGGUGUGUCGUUGAUGGCGUGCAGUACUGCAAGAAUGGAUGGACAGGUCCAACCUGCGAAGACAACGUGAACGAGUGCACACACGCAUGCGCCAACACUUACGGCAAAUGCCAGGACACAUUGGGUGGUUUCAUUUGCCAUUGUUCUGAAUACGCGUAUGGGAAACAGUGCAUAAUGGACAAUGAUGAAUGUGCCAAACAUCCUUGCAACACAGGUACAUGUACAAACACUCUUGGACGCCAUAACUGUUCUUGUCCCUCUGAUGUUACGGGUGAAAAUUGUGAAGAAUUGAUUGCCACGUCUUGUUCCUCGAUUACUUGUUCUCAACAUGGCGCCUGUUCUGUAAAGAAAGGAAAAGCACAUUGCUCAUGUUAUUUUGGAUAUGUGGGCCCCGAUUGUUCUAUUGAAUGCAAAUUAGACUGUUUGAAUGGCGGAAGGUGUGUUAGAGCUCCACACGGAAAUCCAAAAUGUGUUUGUCCUCCCGGAUUUCUCGGAGACAACUGUCAAGUCCAAGAUUUAUGUUACUCUCAUAUCUGCCAUAAUAUGGGUACUUGCGUGCAAAAAGGGUCCAAUGUCAGUUGCUUAUGUGACAAGGGCUCGUUCGGUGAUCAGUGUGAAUUUUACGACAAAUGUUAUGAUUUGCCGUGUAAAAAUCAUGGUGUCUGUAAAAAGCUACAUAAAGGGGAAUAUCAGUGCAUCUGUCCGCAUAGUUGGACAGGAAGAAACUGCGAGGUCUAUAACUGUCAACAUGCUUCUCCAUGCCAAAACCACGGAAAAUGUUUAUCAAUUCAAUCAAAUCCGGGAUAUCGAUGUGUCUGCCAAUCUUCUUGGUACGGAAAUGUCUGUGAGCUAUAUGACGCAUGCGUGUCCGACCCCUGUCAAAAUGGCGGAACAUGUCUCAACAAUUUGAAUGACUACACCUGCACUUGCGCAAAAGGUUUCAUGGGACGCAAUUGCGAGCAUCGGGAUCUGUGCUUCUGGAAUGGUAAACCCUGUAUAAACGGUGGGAAUUGCAUUGUCAAUUCUAACAUUUGUAAUUGUUCAAAGUCUUGGGUAGGUGUUCAGUGCGAGAGAAACGUUAAUGAAUGUCUGUACAAUCCUUGUGGCGUGUACGGUACGUGUGUGGAUACUGUAGGCGGAUACAAAUGCUCCUGUAGCACAUACUGGACAGGGAAAAACUGCGAUGUUCACAUGAAAUCUUGUGCUUUCAAUCCUUGCGGAGAUAACGGCUUUUGUAACGAUUUUGACAAUACCUAUCUGUGUACGUGUAAUGCUCAAUGGACUGGCAGGAACUGUGAAAUUGAUGUGAAUGAAUGCACAGUGUCAUCACCAUGCCAAAACGGCGGAACGUGUUCAAAUAUUGCGGGUGAUUAUACAUGUAACUGUCCGCGAGGAUGGAUGGGUAAGAAUUGUGAAACUGAUAUUAAUGAAUGUCAAGUGCAGAAUUCAUGUCCACCGAAUACUCUGUGUGAAAACAUUCCAGGGUCUCACGAAUGCUUGGACUGUUCAACUUACACGUGUUAUCAUAAUUCACAGUGCAAGGAUGAUAUAAAUGGUCCGGUUUGCAACUGUUCAUCUACGGGAUGGACCGGAAGGCAAUGCGACACAAAGGAUUUCUGUCACGAAACAUGUACAGACUUAGAAAUAAACAAUGGGCAUUGUCCGAGUCGAUGUGGACGAUCUUCUGAAUGUUUGAACAAACAAGACGGCUAUUCCUGUCAUUAUGAUCCUUGUAAAAGUAAUCCUUGUCAAAAUGGAGGGAGCUGUUUCAAGGGCCACAACGACUUUAACUGCAAAUGUGGCAUUCACUGGGCCGGAAAAGCCUGCGAUCAAGUAAAUUACUGCGCGAAUAACCCUUGUCAACAUGGUGGCUCUUGUAUAAAUCAGCCAGAUAGAUUCAAGUGCAGUUGUACUCUUGAGUGGAUAGGAACCACUUGCACGGAGAAAAACUAUUGCUACCCAAAUCCAUGCACACAUAAUGGCGCUUGCACAUCACUUGCAAACUCUUCAACGUGUCUUUGUUCAACGGAAUGGACUGGGUCUUUCUGUGAAAAACGCAAUUAUUGCAGUAAAAAUCCUUGCCAAAACGAUGGAAUAUGUAUAAAUGGACCGACACAUUUCACGUGCAACUGUACUGAAAAUUGGAUCAAUGCAAAUUGCGAACAGUAUGACUACUGCUCCUCAAAUCCUUGCAAAAACCGUGCAACUUGCAUAAACAAGCCUGGAAACUUUGAAUGUCAUUGUCAUGAGGGCUUUUCUGGAGUCACGUGUGGAUCAGCAAUCGACCAUUGUCUGUCUUCCCCCUGCCAAAACAAUGCCACUUGUACAAAUAACCCCUACGGUUACUUCUGUCGCUGUGGUAGUGGGUAUAUGGGUAAGGACUGUACCCUCGACGUAGAUGAAUGCAAACUUAAUAUGUGUCCACCCAUGUCCACAUGCUACAAUUAUAAUGGCGGAUUUGACUGUCGAUGGACUCGAAGAUCAAUCAGGGAAGCUCAUCAUGACGGUAUGGUAAAAGUACAAUCAUUCACAUACAGGACCAAAUACGUUUUAACAACGGAGCGCAAAGAUUCCAUGAUAACAGGUUCAGUUGUUCUUCAAUCGCUUCAAAGUGCAAUAUCAAAGGCUGCAUGUUCUAACAACGAAAAAGGACUUUUUGUUCCAUACAAAAUGGAGUUCUAUGGCGGAAUUCAAAACCUUACCUUCACCAUCCAUUGUGCAAAGGGAAAAUAUCAAAACCUUGUUGUAUCCAACGUCGGUUCUUAUUGCGAUUCCGAACUGUGUAGAUCUAUUAUAAAGAAUUCGGAACUUUCAACAUUGUAAGAACUUGAGUUAUCCCGCUUGUUACCAUCAACUUAUUAAACCUUCACUUUG